AUAUUCUAGUAGAAUAAACGCAACGCGCAGCGAUGCGAGAAAGUGUGAAACCGUGUGCCUCCCCGCCGCACCGGUGUCAACGGAGAUUGGAACGAAAUUUAGGAAUACUUGCGGUCGUGCGGAUGAAAGUGGACUCGGCGGAAGCAGACGGCCGCGUCGUGGCGGAAGUAGCUGGACCAUCGAUAUUUAAGUGUCAACCGUCGUAACAUCGGCCAUCAGUCCGAUCGGAACCGAGUGCGAUCGAGAUGGUGCGAAGAACGAUAUUAUUUCUGCCAUUCGUCGCAAUAUGUUCGCUCACGUGGCACGCAACGUGUCACGCCCGAGAUCUGGCCAGUGCGGAAUCGCGCGUCAGCCGGCGCGAUGUGCAAGGAAAGAUCGAUGACCAUCACGCGAGUCAUUUAGAGCCCACCGUGGUGUCGUCACCGACUGCAGAGACGGGCGACACCGAUCUCGAGGCGGCAGCGACCAAACACAAGGGCCAUCAUCACGAAUCUGGCGGCGGUCACAAGCAUGAAUCUCACCAUCACGAGGAGCACGGCGGAAAGGGCGAAAAGGGAUACAAGAGUCAUCACCAUCACGACAAAGGUGACAACGGUAAGCACGAUAAGGAGCACCACUCCGGCCACCACGAGGAACACGGGGGCAAGAAGAAGGGCCACCACGACGAGCACGAGAAAUACGGCGAGCAUCACGAGGGCGAGAAGGGUCACAAAGGCGGAAAGUUCGGCGAAAAGAAGGGCCACAAGAAGGGCCACAAGACCAAAGGCUAUCACAACAAGUUCCAUAAAGACGAGUACCAUAAAGAGCACAAGUUUUAUGACGAUUACCACAAGGGUGGACACCACGAGAAGCACGGUGACUUCCACGGUCAUCACGAUAAGAAGGAAGGCCACCACAAGAAGGGCGGCCAUCAUCAUUCCGGCUACCACGAAGAUCACCAUGGCAAGAAGGGCCACCACGACAAGGGUCAUCACGACGAGGAGCAUAAAGGCCACCACGGCAAGCACGGCCACGACGAACAUCACUCCCAUCACGAUGGUUACGGCAAGAAAGGCGAUCACCAUUCCGGAAAAAAGUAUGGCUAUAAGAAAGGACAUUAGAAUUGUACCUUCAAGUAUUACGUAUCAAAAAGCGAUUACUCGUUCUACAGUUGCGACUUAUGUACCUGCUUCGGACAAAGUCACGCGACGAUGUCGCGUGGUUAUUGUAUUUUGUACCAUUCUUUAUAUAGAGCGAAUACUAACAUACACAAAGAAAUUGUUUGGAAAUUGCGGCUCGUUGACUUUUCUCUCUCCCUCAAGUCCUAAUGGGGCAAAUAAGUUUCUCCCUUUCCUCCUCCCCCGGCUCAUAUUUGUCCCAGCAGCUACAUUACAGUCAAGACGGCAACGUGAUAUUACGCCUUAUCGAUUCCUCGCGAUUUAUUACCGUCGUUUUUCUCGGCGGCCUUUUAUCACUUCCCAUCGGCAAACUAAAGUAAUUUUGCCAUUUCUUCUCGCCCUGUGCCUUCGCUUAUUGACAAAGAUAACGAUUACGCGAGAACGAACACGUCAUUGUUCUCAAAUCAUGCGGGCGGAAUUUUUAUUCAUUAAAACAAGUUACUCGAAAAAAAGAAAACCGAGGAACGGCGUAUUAUCGCGUUAAUAUCGGGUGUCGUUAUUAUCAAUUCGAUUUAAAAAAAUUGAAUUUACAUCUCGAUUUAAAUAUUUGUUUUGGAAAUGGCACGUGGCUUGUGUCGAUAAAACUUUUUUUCUGAAAUAUAAAACGACAGCUUGUUCGGUUUAAACUGGCGCGAGACGAUUACUAUACGAUGAAAGUAUUUUCAGUACCGCGUCUCUAUUGUCGGGCAAGAGUAAUAUAUUAGCAAUUUUGCAGUAUGAAUUUUAAUGUCACAUAUAGCACAGAUCAUUAAUGCACCAAUAAUUGAGGUUAAUCGAUUGGCCAGCUGAUUGAAUUGAUUACCGGAUAUUAAUGUGCCGCGAGAACGCAUGUUGCGAGUUGACACCGUUAAAUUUGUAGAUAAAUACCACAUAUGCCUACACGCUACAGUGUUAUCUCUUGUAAUAGUGUGCAACAUAAUACACAUGCUGUCCAUUGUAAAACAUCAAAAUGAAAAUAUACUUUUAUACUGUAAUAUAAUGUAAUCAAUAUCACAUCGCGUUCAAAAAUAGAAUCAAGCCAUAUUGUUUAAAGUCUAUAACAAUGUUUGAGAAUAACUCGGUCUAAAUUGCAUUUCCUCUUUCGUAUCAUUCCAUUGUUUUCGAGAUUAAAUUGAAACGUUUUCAAGUUAACUAUUUUCGUAAAGAAUAAUGUAGACGUUGUUUUUGCACAAUUAGUUUUCUAUACCGCCGCAUUAUAAUGUAUCGACCAGCUAACGCGUGCUGACGAAAACAUAUUAUAUAAUCGCUUAAUGUAAGUCGCUGAUAUCUUUUGUAAUAGCCAGUGUAUAUAGCCAGUGCUCUUUAUUAAUUGAUUAAUUAACGAUUUUAGAAACUGUUAUUUAAGCAUCUCUGCUUUAUGUGUAUAAUUUAUAAGUCUACCAAUUAAUGGUUUGUAAAUAACAAAAAACUGAAUCUCUACGUACAAUAAGGAUUCCUGCUAAAUAAAGACGUUGUUUAAAAACGUAACUAAAAUGUUGAUUAAAAUUGAAUUGACGUUGAAA